AGUACAUCAAGGGUCUUCAGCUGUAAAGACUUCUCACCUGCUGAGGAGAGAAUUAAAUCUCUGUACUUUUUAUAAGGAAGCCAUGUCCAGCCGGCCAAUCACGAUCAUAUCGAGUAAGACAGGACAAGGUAGAAACUACCAUGGGAUGAACCCCCACAGCCACAGAGCGUGUGAGUGCACAGAGUUGGACUCAGCUCUGUGUGGGGAGUCUGGACUCGGCUCUACCGUGGAUCUAAUCAGCAGCUGUUCUCACACACGUUGUUGCAGAAACCACUGUCCUGCCUACAAACCCUGGCCCCCGAAAGUCCAAGAGCCAACCAACGAUCUCAGAGACAGGAGAAAGAAGAUUAACACGGUGUUCAUCGGUGUGCUGAAGAUCCCGCUCCUGUUCUUCCUUCUCUACUGCUUUGUUUGUUCUUUGGACACCUUGAGCUCUGCUUUUCAGCUGGCCGGGGGUAAGGUGGCUGGAAAUAUCUUCCAGGACAACGUGAUCCUGUCGAACCCGGUGGCUGGCUUGGUGGUUGGCAUUCUGGUCACAGUACUGGUGCAGAGCUCGAGUACCUCCACUUCCAUCAUCGUCAGCCUCGUCUCAUCUGGCCUGUUGCAAGUGAAGUCUGCCGUCCCUAUAAUAAUGGGCUCCAACAUUGGCACAUCCGUCACCAACACCAUUGUUGCUCUGAUGCAGGCUGGAGAGAGAAACGAUUUUAAACGAGCGUUUGCAGGCGCUACGAUCCAUGACUGCUUUAACUGGCUCUCGGUGCUGCUGUUGCUGCCCCUGGAGGUAGCUACAGGUUUGCACAGCUAUUUGGCCAAAGCCACUGUGUCCAAAUUCCAUUUACAGAGUGGAGAGGAAGCACCAGAGCUACUGAAGGUCAUCACUGAUCCCGUCACUAAGCUCAUCAUACAGCUGGAUAAAUCUGUCAUAACUGCCUUAGCGUUGGGAAAUGAGAGCAUGAGGAACCGUAGUCUGGUGAAAGUGUGGUGUGGCGUUACGCCAAUGGUGAACGUGACAGGGAACGGUUUUCAGAAUUGUUCCUCAGCGUUGCAUUGUGGGAAGGCUGGUGAUCUCAUCAUGCAGGCUAAUACAAAGAGAUGUUUGCAUAUGUUUGCCAACACCGAUCUGUCUGAUCUGUCUGUGGGUCUGAUUCUGCUGGCUGGAUCUCUUGUGGUGCUUUGUUCCUGCCUUAUCUUCAUCGUCAAAGUCCUUAACUCUGUACUAAAGGGUCAAGUGGCACGAGUCAUUCAAAUGGUCAUUAACACAGAUUUCCCAGCCCCCUUUGGCUGGCUGGCAGGAUACGUGGCCAUGAUUGUCGGUGCGGGAAUGACUUUCCUGGUGCAAAGCAGUUCAGUCUUCACCUCUGCCAUGACUCCGCUCAUUGGGCUUGGAGUGAUCAGUCUGGAGAGGGCAUAUCCUUUGACUCUGGGCUCCAACAUUGGCACGACUACUACCGCUAUUCUUGCUGCACUGGCUAGCCCCGGGGACAAGCUGUCUGCUGCCUGCCAGAUUGCUCUGUGCCAUUUCUUCUUCAACGUGUUUGGAAUCCUACUGUGGUACCCGCUGCCCUUCAGCCGCUUGCCAAUCCGCAUGGCGAGAGCUUUGGGUGAGCGCACAGCUAAGUACCGCUGGUUCGCUGUGCUCUACCUCCUGCUCUGCUUCUUGCUACUCCCUGCACUGGUCUUCGGUCUCUCUCUGACCGGCUGGCAUGCCAUGCUUGGUGUGGGAGCACCAUUCACCGGAGUCGCCAUAUUCAUAAUUCUGGUAAACCUACUGCAGUCGCAUAGCCCCACACACCUGCCCCGAUGUCUCCGGAACUGGGACUUCCUGCCUCUGUGGAUGCACUCACUCAAACCUCUGGACAAACUCAUCACAAAAGCCACAGUUCUUUGCUGCAAGUCAAACAAGUCCAACUCUGCCAAUCUGGACCCUGAAACCGCAACCAUUCCCGAUACAGCUAACAUAAUAGUAGAAUCUGUGGCAUCUCAGAGAAAGGCUCAACUAUCUUACGAAAACCCUGCACUUUCAUUUCAGGAUGAGUCGCCACCACAGCAACGAGUGUUUAAGCUAAAGGGGCUUGAACGUUGCAACAGCACACCACUUUAAAACCAAUGUUACCAAAUAAAACCCUACAGCUAGUGUGUGUUUGUUUCUCAAGACCAAAUAACAAUUUUCAAGCAUUCAAGACCAAGUGGUAUGAUUGGUGUAAUAAAGCCGCUCAUCUUACACAGUUUUCACAAUUUCUUCAUUCAGUUUAUUCAGCUUAGCAACAGAUAAUAAUUGUGCUGGGGGGCACGGUGGCUUAGUGGUUAGCACGUUCGCCUCACACCUCCAGGGUUGGGGGUUCGAUUCCCGCCUCCGCCUUGUGUGUGUGGAGUUUGCAUGUUCUCCCCGUGCCUCGGGGGUUUCCUCCGGGUACUCUGGUUUCCUCCCCCGGUCCAAAGACAUGCAUGGUAGGUUGAUUGGCAUCUCUGGAAAAAUUGUCCGUAGUGUGUGAUUGCGUGAGUGAACGAGAGUGUGUGUGUGCGCCCUGCGAUGGGUUGGCACUCCGUCCAGGGUGUAUCCUGCCUUGAUGCCCGAUGACGCCUGAGAUAGACACAGGCUCCCCGUGACCCGAGGUAGUUCGGAUAAGCGGUAGAAAAUGAGUGAGUGAGUGAGAAUAUUUGUGCUGUAUGUGUGAUCUGUGAUUACAGCUUUGGGACACUUAAGGUCUUGAGUUUGAACCAUAUCACUGCCCAGCUGCUGUUUGGAUAAAAGUACAGUAUUAUCCAAAUGAGCAAAUACAAAUGUAAGUAACCAUGUAGUGCUAAAGUGGCAUUUAUGGAAUCAGUCAUCUCAAUCAGCCAAUGGCUUUGUGCCUUAAAGCAGAGAUAUGGAUGUCUACUUGUUCAGUAAUCCCAUCUUCAGACUAAGAAGGCAGACCUUUUUUAAAGCACAUAUACUGUAUUAUACAUUAAGAGUUUGCUGCUCUAUCUGCUCUCAUAUGAGUUGGUUAGUUUAUAGGUAAUGGCAGGGUGAAUGUAAUUGUUCAUCAAUAAAAUGGACCUUUGCUGUUCACAGAAGCACGGUCUGGGGCAAUACGUGCCUGGUGUUUAAAACACACAUGAUUGAAAGCCCUAGAUAAUAGUCUCACACAACAGCCAAUUUUUGGUUCCUACAACAGGAGAAGCUAUAAAACAGCAACAAUUAAGCUACAACACUCCUGGCACUGAAAGAUAACCAUGAAUCAUUUUAGUUGUUCUAAAGUUUUAAAAAGUUGCCGUACUUUCUAAUUAGAGUAACAUUCCUUUAUUAUUAUUAUUAUUAUUAUUAUUAUUAUUAUUUAUGUUGUAUUUUUUUUUAUACAAAUAUCGCUCAUGCUAUACUAAAGAGACCAUGCACUGGGCUUUGUCUAUGAGCCUCCUAUUAAACGUUAAAUUGUUUUGUAUGACAUUUGUAUGGCAUUUGUAAUACAGAGCAUUUGACAAUAACUCGAAAAAUGCUAAAUGUUAUCAGCACUACAUUAUAAAGGGCACCUUUUGUAAAUAUGUUUGCUUUCUUUUAUUAUUUUUCACGCCAUCUCUUUCUGACAAGAUGCAAGAUUGAUUUCAUGCUUUCCAUCAUGAAUACACCUUUCUGGAUUGACUCUUUAUCGAUCCCUCUGUUCUGUACCAGCGACUACUGCCAAUACUGAACACACUUAAGUAAAGAAUUAUUUGACAGAAAGGUAAAAAAUCUAAACUGAUGAUUCCAUUAACUGGUAUAACGUUUGAAAAAUAAUAUUACAUUGUUUAUGAUUUCAAAUGGUAAAUGGUUCUUUCUGUUUUCUUCUUUCAUGUGUUGUAAUAGUCACUUAAUUUGACGUGUUUUUUAAAAAAAUAUAGAAAUAGGAUCAUUUGUUUGUAUUUUUGUUCUGCUUUUGUAUAUACAAUGAAAUGAGUAGAUCAUCGUUUACGAUGUUAGCUAUAUAUGUAAAGAUAUAGUACAUACAAAUGUCUGUUGCUGAAAACACAAAAAUAUUGAAAGUGUUUUUGAGAAUAAUGUGCAUCCUAGAAAUAUGCUGGUUCUGAUGCUAUAAUAAUAAUAAUAAUAAUAAUAAUAAUAAUAAUAAUAAUAAUAAUAAUAAUAAUAAUAAUAUGCACCACUGCUGGUAUGGUUGUGUAAUUGGUUUCCAUUAACAAGAUUUCCAUCUUAAUAUUUCAAAAACAUCAGCCAUGUUUGAUGUAUAUGAACAUAAAUCUUGCUCUAAAGUAAUUCAUAUUGAUAUCAGUUACAAUAUGUGAUAAACAUGUUGCUGCUCCCUGUUUGGGGUCGUCACAGCCUUUCAUCCGAUCUGUAAAUUUGAUAUUUGACACAGGUUUUUACGGUUUUACACAGGAUACCUUUCUUAAAGCAGCAUUCUCAUGUUAUCCAGGCUUGGGACCAGUGCUGAGAGUUAAUCCCUCAGUGGUUUGGUCGGUUCCCUGCCUAGGAAUCGAACCCAGGCUACAGUGGUGAG